ACGCAAUAGCGGAAUCAUCUCUCUGCUUGCUGUUUCCGGGGGACAGGUUUGUGCUGGACUUCUACACACGCAUAUGCGCGCUGUUUGGGUAGUUCAUUCCCUUCGUUUCACUGCACCAUGCCGACUGAUACCAAACGUGUACGUGGCCCAGAAGUGUCACAAAGUCCGUCUUUGUUUUUGUGCAAACCCGCGACCGUUCUUCCCUCGCAAGGCCCCAGAACGGACGGUCGGCAGCGGGACCAAGUGGACGUCCGGCCUGUUUUUGUCCGGUGCGGGCUGGUGAGCCAGGCUAAAGGCUCUGCUUACAUCGAGGCUGGAAACACCAAGUUGAUGUGCUGCGUUUAUGGCCCCAGAGAAACAGAGCGGAAAGAUGAGACCGAUAUGAAAUGUGGAAGGUUGACUACUGACAUGCGUUUCGCUCCAUUUUCCUGCCUGGAGAGGGGCUCCUGGAUUCAGGGAAGCCAGGACAAGGACCUCUCCCUGAUGCUGCAUGAGAGUCUGCAGCCGGCCGUGUGCCUCAACAAAUAUCCUCGUUCUCAGAUCGAGGUCAACGUGAUGGUUCUUGAGAACAGCGGUUCAGUUCUGGCCCACGCAGUCACGUGCGCUUCUCUCGCCCUCGCAGAUGCAGGGAUCGAAAUGUAUGACCUUGUGCUUGGUUGUUCCAUACGCCAGGAUGGCGCCUCUUAUGUGGUUGACCCUUCUUACAUGGAGGAAAACAGCUGCAGCUCAGCCAGCAGUCAUAACCAGGGCGGUCUGACUGUUGCGUUCCUCCCCAGCCUCAACCAGAUUUCUGGGCUGCAGUCAGAUGGAGAAAUGACUGAAGAGACUCUGGCGGCCGGGGUUCGGACCUGCAUUGAGGGAUGUUAUAAACUGUACCCAGUCAUCCAACAAGCCCUGGCAAAGGCUGUGCGCAGAGCUGCACCCCCACCAUCAGAGAGCUGAGUCACUCAUUAACCCAGAACUGCUUAGUUCAUAGUUUUUCUACUUUACAAUUUCUGGUCCUUUCUUUGACAGCAGUACCUGUUUCUAUGUUUGCUAUUCAAUUCUUUAAAUAAAAAUUGAUAAAACUGA